AUGGCUAAAGUGCUGCAGACCUCCCACAUCGCCCGUCUCGCGCCCGGGACAAAGGCACCCGCCCGUCCCACCGCUUCCACCCCCUCGCUGGUCGACUCCUCGGCCAAAGAUAUUAUUACCUCCAAUCGGGCUCGAACCUUGCUGCCGCAGCGCAGUAACACCGUGCGAGACGAUGGCGCGACCGCUCGACUCCCACCAACCGAAAGACGACCUCGAGAGACGUCACCCAGGAGACCCCAGAUCCCUGAAAAGCAGGGAACGCCCUCGACUGCAACGCCUUCGACCGGCGCCACGGCUUCUGCUCGUCGUCAGAGUCUCAUGCGUCCCGUAACCUUGAAAUCAGCUUCAACUCGUAGCAAUGUCUCGGCACCAACAAAGCCUGCGACGCCUACCUUUACGCCGCCCUCUCCGCGCAAGCCGCCCAUGCGCUCGCCCACCCAAGUCUCUACGGCUCCCAGACCUCCAUCCCCAAAGAAGGCAGAGAUGCCACCACCGCCUCGGCCAGCACGUUCAUUCUCAUUGCGGCAGCCAGUGAAGACCGACCCGACCGCGGUGAAAGGUCACGCACGACACCGCAGCCAGAUGAUCCCAUCAAACAUUAAAACAAUACCAACGGAUUCGGCUCAGAAACCACGAGCUGGCUUUUCAUCCUACCAACAACAGUAUGCGUCGAAGAAAUUGACCAAACCCCCAACUCCGACGCCAGGAGAUACAUCUGCAUCGGGUGAUCACCUCAUUCCGACAACAUGGCCGGAUAUUGCGGCCCUGCAGACGGAACUACUCCAGCUGAGCCUCUUUCACUCGAACACCCUGGAAAAACAUGCAGAGUGGAAGAUGGAGACAGAAUCUAAUUUACGGACCAAGUAUGACACUGUCGCGGGUCAAUACCGCUCUACACAGAGAGAGGAACAGAUGCGACAAUCCAAGCUCAAUACACAAACUCUCGGAUCCUGGUCACAGAACUGUCGCGACCAUAAUGGGCCACAUGGAUUUCCAGAACAAAUUCAAAUUCUGUCUCAGAUCCUGCAAGAGGUGUCGGAUCUUGAUUGUACUACAACCGGGCGGUAUGCACGCGUAGUUGCUAUAUUCGAGGACUGGAUCGACCGUGCGGAAGAUACUCGGAGCCGUCGCCAGACGGCCCGCGUCCUUGAUGGGAUAGAUUUUAUCGAGCCGUUGGAUCCAAGGUGGAAAGAGGAAGUACGAGGCUUGCAGGCCAAGCUGGAGUUAUGUGCCCGCCAGCUUCAAACAUUGGAUAUUCUUGGCUUUGGUGAGGUCGAGCGUUUGGAGCAGUCGGCUCUUACCCGAGUAGCCCGGGGUCUCGUGGAAUCCAUCCAAGUCAUGAUGCAAGAAGUCCGCGCAAUGCAAACGGUUGAAGCUGAGAUGGUUGGCUCUGAAAGAGAGACUGUGGGCCGAUUGGCGACACAGUUGACCUCAAUUCCUACGGGCGAAACUCGGACACGGGUUGGUGUCUGGCAGGCCUAG